UAUUGGCAAUUCUUUCAUAAACUAGAAGUGCAAGGUAUAUUUCGUUUAAUUUGAACUACUUCUGUUGUUCUGAUGAAAGAUUUUUCUUAGGAAAUUAUAGUUAUUUGAAGUAGCAUGCUUCAUUGAUUAUAAAAAUUAAGAUCUAUUUGUUUUUAACGCGAAAUUCGAGUUGAGUCAAAGUGUAGAGUAGAAUUCACAUCAUGAGUUCUGUGAGAUUAUUGAUGAAAUAUUCAAGUGAGGUUCUCGAUACUUACAACUCAUCCACUCACGGGGUUGAAGAACAUGUAGAAAAUUGGUUGAAAAAGAAUACGGUAACAGAUGAAAAUACAAGAGUAUUUGUGAUUGAAGUAUUUUCCGGGUGUGUCAGACAUGAGAGCAUUACAAAGGUGGUUGUCGAUGCAUAUUAUGUAAAAGAUGGCAAAAAUUGUCUUCGAACAGAUAAAAACCUGUACACAGUCUUGUGCUAUUUGGUGCUGUUUCGGUUGGAAGAACUUGGAGUUGGUUAUUUACGUAAACUGGUUGCAACCCAGGACGUCAAUAAGAUGUUUAGGUUCUUCAAAUUUUUCCUUGACGAGAAGAACAUUAAAACAUGGAUGGCUGAUGAGUGGUGCAAAUUGUACGAUCAUUCCUAUGUUGAAACAACAUUAGUUUCCACCUUGCUAAGCUGGCUUCCAGAGCUACAUGAUGUGAUACUAUUGAGAUUGGAAGAGAAAAUCACCAGUAGGCAAGUUCCUGAACGGCAAAGAAAACCCAAGACCGAUAUGAAGCCAUUUAAACUAACUCAGCCAAGACCACGGAGUAUUCCCGUUCCUGAAAAGAUCCCAAAGUUAAAGCCGUCAAAACCAGUUCCCCAGAGCACAUAUGCAACGCCCUCUGUCAACUCUAAGUUAGAAGAGGCGAGAUCAAAGAACAGGAGAAAGGCAGAGAGCAACCUGAUCACUGCCAAUGCUUCGCAAUUCCAAUGCGCCAAUUCUCAGAAAUCGGGCAAAACUCAGAGGAAGAUGUACGAAAUACAAGCGGAGAAAGAAUCGAAGUUAAGGUUUGAUUCUGCGAAAGCCAAUCCUGCUCCGUCUUUCAUACAUGAUAAUCUUCCCAUCAAACUGAACGCAGCUACGAUCAUGAGAGAGGGACAGUUGUAUCAAAAAAGAGAACAAGAUGAGAUAAAAAAGCUGAUGGAACUAGAGAAGGGUGGUAAAGAUGCUACGGAUUUCUACAGAUGGCAAGAAGAUAUGAGAAAGAAAGAUAUGGAAGAACAGCUCGCAGACAUUGAACGAAGAAGAUUGGAAGGAAUGUUGAGUUAUGAAGAAGCAAUCAUGGCGAGGCAGAACUUAAUCAGGGAGAACCAAAGCAAAGUUGCUGAGAUUAAGGAAGAGACGAGGGAGAUGAUCAAGGAAUAUUUAGAGAAAAAAUUUAAAGAAGAACAAGACAUGAGACGUUUGGUUGAGGAGACAAUGCAGGGACAUCAAAAUACGAAAGAAUCGAGAAAACGUCUCCAGAACUACAAACAGAAACUUGUGCAAGAAGUGAAUAAGGAGAGUCGAGAAAUAAUGAAAAGGGCUUUGGAAGAAGCAGAAGAAGAAAUGCGUCAGAAAGUAUCGUUGAUUGCCAAAAUAAAAGCAAUCGAAAGUGUUCCUGUUAUUAGGUUUAAGUAUGUUGACCUGACGGAAACUUCAGGCGCUGGGCUUCUGAAUGAAAUGUCCAUCGCAGAGUUAAGGGAAAGAUUGAGUUUACUAAAAACUGCCGAAGAAGAAGAGCUUGAAAAGAAACGAGAUGAUAUCCUCAGAUCUAAAGUCGAGAAAGAUGAGAUGCUAAUGAAGACUCUAGCGAAGAUUUCCAAGUGUAGAGAAGAACAGGAGAAUGAAGCUAUGGUGAGGCAACAAAAGAAACGAAAAGCUGUAAAACCAGAAGUAAACGAUCCAAAGGUUGAAGAACUUAGGCAGAAAUUGGAGCAAAGACGAGCUGAACGCGAGUCAAUAACUCGACAUUCAUCAACCACAAACAAACGUUGCACUUUUCAACAACAAGAAAUUUUACGACAAGAAAAGACCCGGUUAGAAAAUAUGAAGUGGACUGGGCUAGAAAAACGACAUGAAAACACAGCAAGAUUAAAGUCAAGAGGAUUACUAACACAAUAACACUGCAUACAUGACGUACCGAAGGUAAGGUAGUAAUGGUCAGCAUUAAGCCUUCCUGAGUAACAACUCUUGUGUUAUGUUUGGUAAUGCAGUGUUUGUCAUCGUUUGGGCCAGACAGAUCUCUGUUUUAUAACUUUGUAUAGCUAUAGCUUUAUAGCUAGCCGUUUUGAAGCGCAGUUAGUGCUACGCUGGAAGCUUACCAUCAGUGGCUCGCUCGAAAGAAAGCGUAAAUAACUGUAUAAAAUUGUAAAUAAAAUUGUCAAGUGUUAAUAAACAAG